AUGGAUGAUUUCAUCGCUACCCCGUCCGACCUUCGCGGCACCCGCCAUGUGGACAAAAUGGCGCCCGGGUCCCCAGACUCUGAAAUGACGGGGGACUCCCAGUCGGAACCCAACCAAGCAGGAGACCUGUCUCAAAUCAGAAUGGAGCUCUCUCAGAUCUCCAGGAGGAUGCUCACCAAAGCUGACACAAGCCCCAUUGUACAGGAACUUAGAGCUGCACUGAGGGAAGAGCUGGCGGGCCUGCGCGAAGAUCUGUCCACCCUGGAGCAGAGAGUAGAUGAAAUGGAGUCAGUGGCGAGGGGCUGCGACGACCAGCACAGAGCAACUGAAGUGGCAGUUACCAGGCAGGGUAACAUGCUCCUUACCCUCCGGAGACAAGUGGAGGAUUUGGAGAACAGAAGCAGACGCAAUAAUAUCCGCGUUCGCGGCCUGCCUGAAAAGGAAGACGAGCCGCUCCCAGACACCCUGUCAAUGCUGUUCACACAGCUCCUCGGAGCUGCACCGCCCGCUACGAUCACCAUAGACCGCGCUCACAGAGCCCUGGGGCCCGCGAGACAGGAGGGCAGCCCCAGGGAUGUGGUCUGCUGCAUCACCACUCCAGGCCUAAGAGACAGAAUUAUGGCGGCGGCCAGGGGCCUUCCAUCCAUACAGUUUCGCGGAACAGCAGUCUCACUAUACCAAGAUCUCUCUAGCCUGACCCUAGAUGCGAGGCGGGCCCUGAGGCCGGUCACCAGUGCCCUGAGAGACAAGGGGAUUCCGUAUCGCUGGGGUUUCCCGUUCAGUCUGCAGGCGAAACAUGGGAAUGCUUGGAUCACGGCCCGCUGGCCGGAAGACGUCCCAAGGUUCCAGAGGGCCCUGGGUUUAGCACCAUCGAGAAUUCGCAACUGGAUUCUGGACGAAGCGGCUGCUUCACGAAGAGAUCCACUGCUGCCACUCCAGGACGCCGAUGCGGCUACAGGUAGACCACCGGAGCCGCGCAGGAGAGGUGGGCCUAACGGCCCGGAAGAAUAG